AUGUGGCUCAGAGACCCAGGCUUACGAAAACUAAACUUUUUGAUAUUUCUCAUGUUUUCAACUGGGGCUUCGACUGGUUAUGUUGGAAGCCUCAUCAAUGGUCUACAGGUUUUGCCAUUUUUUACUAUCUUCACGCAAAAUCUCAGCCCUUCCACUAUCGGGCUCAUGAUCGCCUCAGGAGCGAUUGGGUCUUUUGUCUCUUAUAUACCGGCAUCAUAUAUUGCUGAUACUCUUGGUCGGAAGAAAUGUGUGGGGAUUGGAUCGACGAUUGUCAUCAUAACAUCGCUAUUCCAAGGCGUUUUCCCAAACCGCUGGGUUUUCAUGAGCACAAGAUUGGUUGCAGGGAUUGGAAGUGGAAUAGCUGCUGCCGCUGCCCCCUUGCUUGUCACGGAAAUCGCGCAUCCGCACACGCGACAAUCGGCCACGGCUAUUUACAACACUACUUGGUGCAUGGGUUCAAUUACAUCGGCUGUUGUGACCAUUCUGACGUUGAACAUAGCGAGCAGUUGGUCUUGGAGGUUACCUUGCCUUUUGCAAAUGGUAUACCCCAGCCUCCAGAUUAUAAGCCUUAUGUUUGUCCCAGAAAGCCCUAGGUGGCUUGUAUCGGCGGGCAGAAAGUCCGAAGCCCUUUGCAUUCUGCGGAAGUAUCAUUCGAAUGGCAACGAACAUGACGAGAUUGUUCAAAAGGAGUUCGACCAGAUAUGCUCGCUUAUUCCAUUGAACUCCAAAUCAGCCACGCAUGGAUGGAAAAAGUUCUUUUCUUGUCGUGGGAGUAUGCAUAUGUUAGGCAUCUGUAUUAUGGUUGGUUUUAUGCAGGAAUGGGCGGGCAAUGGGGUCAUCUCCUACUAUCUAGCACCAAUCCUUACAUCUGUCGGUGUUACAAAAGUCCGCGACCAGGCCGUGGUAAAUAUUGGCAUGCAGAUAUGGAAUCUGAUUGUCUCUGCUCUUGGUGGGCUAGCAUCAGAGAAAUAUGGCCGUAGAACUCUAUGGCUACUCUCUACUAUGUUGAUGAUACUUUUUCUAGCCUUGGUCACGAUAGUAACGGGGCUUUACAAAGAGCAAGGCUUGUCCGCAGCUGGAGUUGCUGCUGUGCCGUUACUAUUUCUCUUUUUUGGUGCCUUUGAUAUCGCUUAUGGUUCUCUCUUCAUCGCAUAUCCCGUUGAAAUCCUUCCAUUCCAUCUUCGCGCAAAAGGUCUGGCUACCACACUUUUAUCAGAUUCGGUUGCUGCAUUUUCCAACCAAUAUGUGAAUCCGGUCGCAUUUUCUAGUAUUGGUUGGAAGUACUACUGUGUUUUUCUUGGGUGUCUGUCAUUUUUCCUUCUUAUUAUCUAUUUCUUCUUUCCAGAAACAAAAGGCAAAUCAUUGGAGGAGAUUUCGGAAUCUUUCAUGUCGAAGCACCAGGCAGACACAUCAUCGGAAAAGCAACAGCCCGAGAAAUGUUAA